CGCCUUGUGCCCUCGCUCGUUUCCCCCCGGCGUCUCAGUCAUUGGCAAUUAGCCCAUUAGGCGAUAGGCCACUCGAAAAACAUUGGCUGGCCGGACACCACAAAGCGACGAAGCUCUUUCUCCCAACUCUCGACGUUGGCACCCUCGAUCCUCCUCCUCCUCUUCUUCUUCUUCUUUCCCGGCCGAUAACCACACCAUGACCUCCACCGUGACGCUUGCCACGGGCUUGGGUGCUUCAAGCGACGGCGAGAGAUGGGCUGUUCCCAUGACUGAGCCCUGGACGGCGCCAUCCGGAUGCUCGACCAUCGUCCCCUGGAACGCUGGCGAGGGGGCAGGGUAUCACGAGACGUGCGCGCCGCCCGCGUGGACGGAGGCCUGGUACUACGACGGAUAUUAUUCCCCUGGCGUGUGCCCUUCAGACUAUACCGUCGGCUGUACGAAGACUUCGGGGAGCGUCAAUUUCGAGGACAUAUUAGCUGAACAGACCGCAGCCGCUUGCGUUCCGAAGUGGGUGACCCCUUUUUUCUUCUUUUUUCUUCUUUUUUCUUCUUUUUUCUUCUUUUUUCUUCUUUUUUUCGUCUUGUUUUUCGUCUUUUUUUCUUCUUCACUUGUCGUUCCUCUCCUGACUAUUCCCUCGAUCACAUCUCAGCUGACAACCCCUCUCUUCUCCUCUAGAAACUUCGCAUGUUCCGAGGACACAAGCGGGAUCACCUUCUGGGCUACCAUGAGCUACACCGUAAAUGAUGAUGUGUGGACCACGACAGUUCCGGCCAUACAAAUCCGAUGGAGACCAGAGGACCUCGACAUCCUGGCCGUCCACCCUCUAUCCGGUGCCAUCAGCGCCGCAAGUUCAAGCAUACCCAGCCGCAGCCGCAGCGGCAGCGGCAACUCACCCUCUGAUCAGCCGGAAUCCUCGUCCGACGGCGGCGGCAUCUCGACCGGCGCCAUCAUCGGCAUCGUCGUCGGCGUGGUAGGAGGCCUAGCCCUCAUCGGCAUCGGCGCCUUCUUCCUCCUCAAGAGGCGGGGGAAGAACACCCCCAAGACCGGCAAACCAUCCGGCCCCGGCGGCGCCGCCGCCACCGGAACCGGUUUCGCCCCGCAACCCAGCUACAGCCCCGUGCCGAUGAAGGAAACCCACGGCUCCGCCCGCGUCCACUCGUACACCCAGCAGGUCCCCAGCGCGACGACGUCCCCGUCCCCGAUGGUCAACGCCGCGGGCUACUACGCCCCGCAGGCCCAGCAGCCCUACCCGCCGCAGCCGGGGUACUCGCCCCAGCAGCACUACACCCAGACGCAGCAGCAGCAGUCGCCGCCGAUGGCUUACGCCGCUUCGCCUCCCCUCCAGCAGCAGCAGCCGCAGCAACCUGUGUACGAGAUGGCGGUGCAGGACAAUAAGCCUGUUUCCGAACUUGCGGGGUCGGGGACGCCGUUUGAGAUUUCUGAACUUCCUUCCGGGCCGGCUGAUGCUGGUGGGAGCGCCGUGUCGCCUCAUACGACGGCCCCGGUCUCGGGAUCCGUUUCGCCCCGGUAGCCCCUAUGAUCUGAAGAUGCGAUGCCUUUUUUUUUCUUCUCUUCUUCUUCGUCAUUAUUGAGCAUAUAUCCCGCCGGUUUUGACAAGAGGAUGGCAACCAACGCCCAUCGCUCCGUUGACUGCAUGGGAAUGGAGGUGAAUCGAGAGAGUAGGGGAUAGA